AUGCAUCAGGAAGAGCCGGCUGAGGAUCCGGGCGAGGAUCAGCCAGCCGAAGAUGAGUUGUCAGUUCAGAAUGAUUCUGAAGCAGCCCCGGGAACUCCGGAGAUCGCAAUAGAUGAGGCGGGAGGUGAGUCUGGAGCAGAAAAUCUGGAUAACGACGAUGGCGAUAACGAUAAUGAUAACGAUAACGAUCUGGACGAGGACGAACAUGAGCAAGCCCCAGGAGGAGGCACUCAUGAAACCGAAGAAGAGGACGAACCGGAAGAGGAAAUAUCUGAAGAAGAUCUGCUGCAGGCUGCGGCCAGAGUGAACAUGACAAGAACCGCGAUGUAA